AUGUGCGUCGAUGCCGCGCAAGGUGUCACUGCCUUGGUGACCGAAACAUUAGAGCCCUGUGAGCCUAUCGGAAUCAUCCCUUGGUGGACACGUAUUUACUACCUUCACAUCGCGGGCGUGAUCUUCCUCGCAGCCAUGGUCGGAUCCGAUCUCUUUACCGACUCAGUCGCUCAAUCAUGGCAGGAUGUUUUGGCAGGACUCCGCGCACAUGUCCACCUGAGUACAUAUAUUCAGCAGUGCAUUUGUACCUUUGAGGCAUUGUCCGCCAAGAUCUUACAGCCCACCGGUCUAGUCGCACAGAGUGGGUGUGAGCCCCUGGUGGAAGGCGCAGGGAUGUCCUUCGAUGAUAUUUUCCAAGAUAUCCGCUUUGACUUCGAUGAAUUCUUAUUUAGGACGGAAGACGUGCUCAAUUUUGAUGUGCUCGGGUCAUGA